CGCUUCGUUAAGCUUAACGAAGCGGUCUGGAAUCGGGCUCACAUGAGCUGGAGACUGGGGCGAUGCUAGGAAGCUGGCCACUUCGUACUUGGUGUCCACGAGGUGCUAAACCAGGGUUUAUGUAUUCCAUCUACCCUCGCAGAUUCGCAUCUACAAGUGCAAUUGUAGCUCAUGCCACAAAGCCGGCUUCUUUCACAUCCGGCUUGCGAGUGCGCCUGAUGAUUUCGUCCUUCUGAGUCCAUUGGAUCCCAUGGAGAAGCUGGGCAACUAUACGUGUUUCUCCGGGAAGCUGAACUUCCUCUUCUGCCGUACCUGCGGUGUACGAUGCUUCAUUCUCCGGGGAAAAGGAGAGGUGGUGGAUGUGGAACCCGGAACCGACCUAGCCGCCGCGAUCGCACGGGUCUCCCCUCAACCGCAUCACAAGAAUGGAGAAGUCCACUCUGCGCCCGACGGCAAGACGAAAGUGUGGCGACCGCGGAAGGAUGGCUGGAUAGAAGGAUGUGCCGGAAGUACGUCGUACCUCAGCGUGAAUGCUACCUCAUUAGACGCAGGACAGGAAGGGUUGGAUCUUAGGGAAUGGCGGGAGAAGCAGUGGAUCCUCUAUCUGGACUGUUUGGCGGAGAAGGAGGAGGACCGCUUUGAUCGUCCUUGUACCGGCGGCCUGUAUUGAGAUGGAUGCGGUAAGACUCGCAAUUCACUAUGUAGACUGUAUGGUAGAGUCAAUAUAGUGGCUCAUGUUGAGAACGACCAGAGAAUGUCAAUCAGAAAG